AUGGCGGAAGAGAAAAAGGACGAGGAACAAGACAAGAAAGAAGAAGAAAAGGCCCCCUUUUCGAACCUCUGGAGGAUCUUCUCCUAUGGCAGCAAGGUCGACCUCGCCCUCAUGGGCCUCGCCUUCUUCUGCUCUGCCGGCGCUGGCGUCGUACGUCUAGACACCCGCACACAGAGCGCCCUCAUCACCGAUUUCAACGACUUCUUCCUGCCCGACUCGCCCGUCUCUCAACAGCAGUUUAGGGACAGCGUCAACAAGAAUGUCCUCUUCAUCGUCUACCUCUUUAUCGGCAAGUUUGUGCUCAGUUACAUCUCCAUGGUAUAUACCCUACGUCUCGGGAUUCGCAUCUCAGCGAACCUGCGUCUGGCCUAUCUCAAGGCUCUCUUCCGUCAGCCGGUCGCCUAUCUCGACGCCAUGCCCGUCGGUCGUCCGACAGACACCAUCACGGCGUCUUCCAACCUCAUCCAGGCCGGCAUAUCUGACAGGCUGGCCGUGCUGGUCCAGUCUGCCGCCCUCGUCGUGGCAGCCUACGCCGUCGCCUUCUCCCGCUCCUGGUCCCUGACGCUGGUCUCCUCCUCCUGUCUGCUCUUCAUCCUGCUGGUCUACUCGCUCGUCAUCCCCUUCUACCUGCGCCUCUUCAAGGCUGUCGAGGCUGCCAACGAGCGUGCCACCGCCGUCGCAGGCGAGGCCCUCUCCUCUGUCCGCACCGUCGUCGCCUGCGGUGCUCAGUCGAGCCUCGUCGCCCGUCAUGCCGUCCAUGUCGCCGAGGCCAGGCGUAGGGGCCUGCAAGUCUCUCCUGUCGUCGGUUUCCAGCUGGGGCCGACCAACUUUGCCAUGUACUGCAACUUUGCUUUGACCUUUUGGUUCGGUGUCAGGCAGUUCACCGCCGGUAACGUCUCUGACGCCGGCCCAGUCGCUACGGUCAUAUUCUCGGUCAUCAUCGUGGUGUCAGCGGUCUCGUUUAUCGCCAACCCGAUCAUUGCGCUCUCCAAGGCCAUCUCUGCAUCUGCACGCUACUUUACCGUCAUCGAUGAACUGCCCGUCAUUGCUACGGGCAUCAAGGACGUCGACCUCGCCGGCUGCGGAGAGCUCGUCUUCAAGGACGUCACCUUUGCCUACCCGACCAGGCCUGGAGUUACCAUCCUCGACCGUCUCUCCCUCGUCUUUCCCACCGGCAAGGUCACUGCUCUUGUUGGGCCUUCAGGCUGCGGCAAGAGUACCAUCGUCGCCUUGCUCGAGCGGUGGUACCAGCUGUCGGAUCAGUUAGAUCACAGCCAGGAGACAAACAAUGGAAAAGACAGGAGUGGAAAGGUUAUGGAUGAAAAAAGUACGGAUCAAAAAGAUACGGAUGAAAAAGAUACGGAUGAAAAAGAUACGGAUGAAAGAAAAGAAAACGGAUCUAUCAUGAUAGGCCCUCACAGCAUCGAUGAGCUCGACCUCAAGUGGUGGCGCUCCCAGAUCGGCCUCGUCCAACAGGAGCCCUUCUCUUUCAACACCUCCAUCUUUCGCAACGUCGCCUUUGGCCUCGUUGGCUCCAAGUGGGAACAUGAGUCAGAAGAUGUCCAGCGCCAGCUCGUCGUUGAGGCCUGCCGUGAGGCCUUUGCCGAUGAGUUUAUUGAUAAGCUGCCAGAGAAAUACGACACGGUGAUCGGGGAGAAUGGAAUCAAGUUGAGCGGCGGCCAGCGCCAGAGACUCGCCAUCGCUCGCAGCAUCAUCAAGAGGCCGUCUAUCCUGGUCCUAGACGAAGCUACCAGCGCCAUCGACGUGCGUGGCGAGCGUAUCGUCCAGGAAGCCCUCGACCGGGUCUCCAAGGGCCGCACCACCAUUACUAUCGCCCACAGGUUGUCUACUAUCAAAAAGGCAGACAAGAUCAUUGUCCUGCGCAAGGGUACCGCUAUCGAGUCAGGUACUCAUGAAGAACUGCUUGCUCGCGAAGGCCUCUACCACAGUCUUGUGCAUAACCAGCAACUCGACAUGGAAGAUGGCAAUGAGAAGCCUGUACCGGUUGGCUCCGAACAUGAAAAGGACGGCUCCCAGCUUACCGUCUCCAGGACAAAGUCUACCGUUGCCUCUCAGCCAGAUGAUGCUGACCCGGAGCAGGGUCUAACUCUGCCUGAAGAGUCACCAAAGGAGCAGUCGCUCCUCGACUCCGUCGGUGUCCUGCUGUGGGAGCAGCGCAAGUACUGGAUCCUGUACGUCGGUGUCCUCAUCGGAGCUGCUGGCUGCGGAGCCGGGUACUCUAUUCAGAGCUACCUCUUCUCCCAGCUCAUCACCGUCUUCCAGCUUACGGGCCGAAAACUGGUUGAGCGAACGAACUUUUGGGCUCUCAUGUUCUUUGUUCUCGCCCUGGCCGUGGCCUUCUUCUACUUCAUCCUAGGAUGGAUGUCCAUGUCGAUAUCAACUGUAUGUCCCAUCAACAUGAUCCGCAAACCUAUCGCUUUCUUCGAUAAGGAUGAAAACUCCGCUGGCUCUCUGACGUCACGCAUAUCCUCUGAUUCUACUCAGCUACAGGAACUUCUUGGUCCAACCAUGGCGUUCCCCAUCAUAUCUGUCUUCAACGUGACCGGCUGCAUUGCCAUCUCUUUCGCCUUUGGAUGGAAGUUGACCCUCGUCGCAAUCUUCUCUGCUUUCCCGCUCAUCAUUAUCGCAAUGUUCGUCCGGGUCCGGUAUGAGGUCCAGUUCGACAAGAUGAACGCCGCUGUCUUUGAGGAGAGCUCCCAGUUUGCUUCAGAAGCCUUUGGAGCCUUUCGCACAGUCACCUCCCUCACUCUUGAGGACCACAUCGCAGACAGUCUUGAUCUCCCCUGCAUGGCUCUGUGUUUCUGGUAUGGCGGCCAGCUACUCAGUACGCACGAAUACGAUGUCCUGCAGUUUUUCGUCAUCUACAUUGCCGUUGUCUUGGGAGGUCAAGCGGCAGGACAUUUUGGAAGUAUCAGUCCAAAUCUUGCACAGGCCAAGUCUGCUGCGAACCGCAUUAUGAGCAUCAGGCCCUCACCAGACGACAACAAGAGCAAAGCCGUCCUCGAUCCAAGUGAGGGUGGAGUGGAGAUUGAGUUCAAGUCGGUAAACUUCAAAUAUCCUUCACGAGACGUUCCGGUCUUCAAGAAUCUCUCUUUUACGAUAUGGUAUACAGGUAAAUUAUCGGCAUUGCUAACGCAGGCCAGCUUUUAUGACUAUCAAGGAGGCCAAAUUCGCCUCAACGGGACCGAGCUCAGUUCGCUUGACCUGAAGCCCUACCGUCAAGGCUUGUCGUUGGUAUCUCAGGAGCCAACACUAUAUCAGGGGUAUAACACUGAAGUUGGACAAAAGGGCCUGGCGCUGAGCGGUGGCCAGAAGCAGCGUAUAUGUAUAGCCCGAGCGCUUAUAAGGAACCCGCAGCUGUUGCUUCUCGAUGAAGCCACAUCCAGUCUAGACUCUGAGUCGGAGAAGCUGGUGCAGGCUGCGAUCGAACGGACAGCAAAAGGCAGGACUGUACUGGUUGUUGCCCACCGCCUGGCUACAGUGCAGAAUGCCGAUGUCAUCUUUGUCUUUGGAGAUGGCGGCAUCGUCGAAAGCGGUAGUCAUCAUAGUCUGCUCAAGAAACGAGGCGUAUAUUAUCAGAUGGUAUGUUAUCCUCUCCUUCACCAAUAA